GUCCCAUCGACGCCAUGGUCUUCCUCCUUCAAUUGUCUUUGCUCCUCGUAGCAACCUCUGCAUCUCUACCCACUGUCUUAGCAGAUGGCCAAUAUCGCUCUCGCCCAGACCUAUCUCCACCAAAGCUGAACAUCACCGUCGUGGCCCCUAACGCGAAUGGCACAGAAUACGUCUUCUUGUCCCCCUACGCAGGCGAGUUGCAGCAGCCAGGCGCAUAUAUCUACCGCAAGAACGGCGACCUCGUCUGGUCUGGCAUUGGCUACUACGCAGGCUUCGUUGGCAAUUUCCACCCGACAACCUACAAAGGUGAGACCGUGUUACAAGCUUUCCAGGGCACGAUUGAUUUCACCCACGGCGAGGGCUGGGGCCAGCAGGUCCUUCUCAACCAGAACUACGAGCACGUUGCCACGGCGAAGGCGGCGAAUCAUCGCAUUCCCUCCAUCCAUGAAUUCAAUGUCAUCGACGGGAAGACCGCGUUGGUAGAGGUCUACACGCCCACACCAUGGAAUCUGUCUGCUUAUGGCGGGAACACGUCGCAGCAAUGGAUCGGGGACGGGUAUUUUCAAGAAUUCGACAUCGCAACAGGAGAGCUCAUCUUCGAAUGGAACGCGCUCGAUCACAUCGACCCAGCAGAAAGCUUGAUCACCCUAGCGUCCAGCACAGCCAACACAGCCCUAACAGCAAGCACAAGCUGGGACUUCAUCCACAUCAACAGCGUCGACAAAGACCGCGAAGGCAACUACCUCGUCUCCUCACGACAUCUCAGCACGAUCUUCAAGAUCAACGGCACAGACGGCCGCAUCAUCUGGCGCCUAGGCGGCUCCAACUCCACCUUUACCUUCCCCACCGACCCAACCUUCGCCUUCGGCUUCCAGCAUCACGCGCGCUGGCACCCCCAUCCCUCUGAGUCAAACAAAGAGGUAAUCUCAUUCUUCGAUAACUCCAACUCCGGUGCCGGCAUCAUUUUCAAUAAUGUCUCUCGCGCCCUGCUCGUCGAGCUCGACUCCGCCCGCAGCACCGCUACCGUUCUCCGUAAAGCCACAGCCCCCUACGGUAUCUCGGCCGUCUCGCAGGGUAAUGCCCAGCUUUUGGCCAAUGGCAGGGUGUUCGUGAACUGGGGGUCUGCGGGAGCGAUCUCGGAGUUCGAAGCAAAUGAUCGGUUGGUGUUUCAUGCUUGGAUUGAGGAUGGGGUUAGUUAUCGGGGUUUUGUGGGGAAUUGGACCGGUACCCCGAAAGAGGAGCCGGCUGUUGUGGCGUAUACGUUUGGCGAGAGGGUGAGGGUUUAUGUGUCGUGGAAUGGAGAUACCGAGACCGCUGCGUGGAGGUUUUAUGGUGUGCGGCAAGGGGAGGCCAGGAAUGUGUUGCUUGGGGUCGUGCAGAGGAAAAGUUUUGAGACGGUUUUGUUGACGAGUCCGGGGCAGGGUGGUGGGUUGAGUGGGUACUAUGUUGUUGCGAUUGAUAAGCAGGGGGCGGUUUUGGGGAGAUCCAGGGCUGUGCGUGCUUCUGAGUGGGUUGCGUUGGGUUAGGUUGCGAGGUGGAGGUUUACGGCUGUAGGGGUGAAUGUCGGUGUUUAUAGUUCGUUCAAAAUAUGGGGUGAGUCAAGGCUGCUCUAGGAUAUUCUUUGUCAAGGUACAUUCCUGUUAUCUCGUGGGGAGUUCGCCCUAGGUACUCGCGAUGCCAUUUCAUACUCCACCGCCAUCUUAUCCGUCCUGUGGAUAUAG